CGAUACCGAUUUAAGAUAUGCAACAAAAAGUCUUUUCUUUAUACUUUUCGGAUAGCCGCUAGGUCGGUUUCAUGACGGUUGUGGACGGAGUUUCGAAUUAUAGUGGUGAACCUUAUGUUCUGUCGGUCCCGAACAAUGACCAUUGAUGGAAUUUUAUUAUACUUUGUCGGAAAUCGGGAUUAUCAGAUAUGCAACAUGUAUUUUUUGGCAUCCGGUUUGGGAACCUAAUGGUAGGUCAUGGAUUUAGCAUGAUAUGGAAAUUGCAGUAUUUUCAUCUGCUGCGAUCCAGUGGUUCCGGAGCUUUUGUUACAUAUCGUUCCUCAUAAGCUCUUCAGUAUUCAGAACGCCAACGAGCAGAUAUUUUUUGCGCUCUCUGCUUGUGGCAACGGUCUCUGCAUUUCUCUACGAUGCACAACAAGACUAGGUUCCUGAGAACAGGAUAUAUCACUCUAAUGGCACUUGCGAGGAAGUCCUGAGCGAUUGAAGCCUUCGUUCUUCCUGUGCGAUGUCAAUUGAGAUUCUUAUCAAUUGCAUUGACUGAUUGUUACGAUGGAUCGCGGUCGUACUCAGACUGAACUGGGGCGGCCUGGGAGCGAUUAGUGUUGAUCUGAACCGAACAUCUUCCAGAGUACUAGGGCGGGAAAUCUUCACCAUGGCAGCUUUGCGAGAGUUUCGACUACGUUGGUAAAAAUAAGGUGAAGGUCUAUCAGUGCUGCAAGUAAUUUAUACUUCAGGAGCAUUCUUCGCAAAUCAUCAAUGGACGGACAAAUAAAAAAGACACAUGGUCCUGAUAUAGAUUCAAGGGACAUUCCGUUUAAUGAAAGCGAGUGACGGCAGAUGAGAUUGGCCGGGGUUGUCGGGAUGUAAGCUGCCGUUAAUAUUCGAACCGACAUCAGUGGAUACAUCGAUCUAACAGUUGGGUUGGAUACGGUAAGAUUGUUGCUGGCUGUGUUAGGUGUCCAGUAUUUCACCAACAUCACCUGGAAUCGCUCCAGCGAUAAGAAUAUGCCACCAACGUGCAGAAUCAUGAUGUAAGAAUAGGUGACUUUAUGCCGAUAAGAAGCUGGCCCCAAAUUUCACUACCUUUUGCUUCGCUUGUAGUAGGUACCUCGCACAUAAUGAUACUUCCGUGUUGAUUUUCUAUCCAUAACUUGAACUGGCGAUUCAGUCAGGACUGCAUAGAAGCGUAUUGCUUCGGUGAUGGGUUACCUCUCAGAUUUUGGUGGUGCCUCCUUGGUUAUACUUCUCGUCUGCUAUCUGGUUGAUGCCGCAAGACUUAGAGCAAGACGCAAGCAAUUGAUGAAGGAACAUGGUUGCGAAGAACCCCCCAAGAGAUCAUCUAAAUAUCCAUUCGGUAUCGACCUUUUCCUUGACAAAAUGAAGAAUAUGAAAAAUCAUAAACAUCUCGAAUCUAUCAUGAAUCAUCACAAUGAACUCGGAAGCACGUACACCGAGGAGUCUAUCGGCACAACAACCAUCUUUACCAUCGAUCCUCGAAAUCUUCAAACAUAUUAUAGUACAAACUUCAAGGACUAUGGGGUUUAUCAUCUAAGAAAAAAGGCUUUCUAUCCACUUCUAGGAGAUGGCGUAUUCAGUACUGACGGACCAUUUUGGGAACACUCCCGGGCUUUGAUUCGGCCUACCUUUACAAGGUACAACGUGGCCAAUUUUCCGGCAUUUGAGAUACAUCUUCAAAAGUUCCUAAAGCUUAUUCCAAGAGAUGGAAGAACGGUGAACUUAAGUUCGUUGCUCGAUGAUUUGUUUCUGGACACAUCCACCGAGUUCAUCUUUGGCGAAUCUGUCAACGCUUUAGAUGAAUCUUCUGAUGAAGCUUCUGAUUCCCAUAAAUUUCUCAACUCCUUCCAUCAUGCUCAACGAGGUAUCAGUAUUCGAUCUCAGCUCCGUACCUUAUCAUUCUUAUACCAAGACCGUUGGGAUAAGAAAGAAAGACGUGCAGUUCAUAAGUUCGUCGAUGCACAUAUUGAUAAGGCACUUGAGCUUCGCCGAGAAUAUCUUGCCUCCAGGAAAUCACGCCCGAAUCCAGAUCCGUCAAGUUCAGGCGACGAAGAAGAAGCUGAAGAAGAAAAUCAUCGCUAUAUUCUCCUUCACGAAAUGGCCAAAGAAACAGAUGAUCGUCGAGAGCUCCGAAAUCAAACUUUGCAGGUAUUCUUGGCAGGUCAUGAAGCUACGGCCAUUGGGGUUGGAAAUGCAAUUUUUUGGUUAUGUAGGAAUCAGAAGGCUUGGAAGAAAUUGAGGAAAGAGGUAUUGGAACAUAGGGAGAAGGAUGAGGAGUUAACAUUUGAGAGUUUGAAAGGGAUGAGAUAUUUACAAUGGGUUGUUAACGAGACUCUCCGUCUCACCCCCAUAGCCCCAACCAUAACCCGUGGAGCUGUUUGCGAUACCAUCCUCCCUCGCGGUGGCGGCCCUUCAGGAACUUCCCCAAUCCUAGUCAAAGCCGGUACUCUCAUUACCCCAAACAGUUGGGUAUUCCACCGUCUGGCACCUUGUUAUCAACCAGAUCCUGAAGCGUUCAGACCAGAACGCUGGGAACAUUUGAGGCCAGGAUGGAAUUACUUACCAUUUGGAGGUGGAACUAGAAUGUGUGCGGGAAGAAAUCUGGGAUUAACGGAGAUGGCAUAUGUGCUUGCGAGAUUGGUACAAGAGUGGAAAGGGGUGGAGUGUAGGGAUGAAGUUGCGGAGUGGGUGGAGGAGAUCAAAUUGAGCGUGGAGAGCGGGAAUGGUGUCAAGGUUGGAGUGGAGUGGGCUUGAGGAGGAUAGUGGAGGAUAGUGGAAUAUUAUGGAAAAUGUUUGUGAUCUUGUCAAGGUUUUUUAGGCUUAGAUAUGAAAUAGCGUUCGCCAAAUCUCGAAUUUGCAUGCGAGUAUUUUGAAUUCUGUAAAGUAUUCAUUUGUAGCGUUUAGCGGUGUAGGAAAUCAAACAAUCUUUAUGCAAUCUCCAAGC